UUGUAGUUUUUUAGAUACGACUGUGUUUAUAUUUUGUAAUUAAAAGAUAAAAGUUGUAUUUGUAAUAUAUGACUAUGUUUUUAUAAUAAAUAAAGUCGUAUAUCUUUUCAUGUACGAUUUUUUAUUUUAUUAAAAAAUUGAAAGUUAGACAUGAUUAACUUAUUAUUUUUUAAUAAAAAAAACAUAGUUAGAUAUAAGAAGUAUUUACUCUAUUUAUGUAAAAAAUAAAAAUUACUCUAAUCUUAUAAAUUUGUAAUGAAAUUGCACCAAUGCAGGAAAAAAAGUCCUUCCUUUUGUGAUACAUGCAUGCAGGCAUUUAGAAAAGAUAUAUGCGACUAUUGUAGCAUCUGACAGUGCCUAAUUCCGAUAAAAGAAAAUAUACUAGAAGAGUUUUUUUCAAGAUUUCUGUUCUGAAUAACUUCAUUCACAAAUGUGUUUUAAUUAAGAAUAUAUAUAUAGACACGUACUAAAUAUCAUCCAAGAUAAUAAUUAUUCAUUCUUAACGUAUUAAUCACCUUAAAAUUGAUAAUUUUUUUGCAAUUCUAUCAAACAUUUUUUGUAAUUGAUAAAUUAUUAAAAGGCCUCCUAAAUUUUGGCAAUUGGCAUGGCAAGAAUCUUAGUAGGAGAGUUGGAUGAUUGAUUAUGAAAGGGACACGUAUUAACUGAGCAGUAGGCAGAAAGAAAUGGUCAUUUCAAACAACUAAGACCCAUAAAACUCGCGAGAAUGACCAUGUUUGCAAAACAAUCUAAUCUUGUAUUGCACACACAACUUCCCUUAAAACUUCUUGUUGGUUAACUAAUAUUACAAACUUCAUACCAAAGGCCCUUUUUUUCAAUUUUUUUUUUCAUUUCUUCAUUGUUUUGUUUUUCGUUUUUGGUUCCUAUGCCAAGAUUGAUCGAUUCUCUAGGAAAGGUGGUGGCAUAACAUCUUGCAUAGGAAACCCAGAAGUCAUUUUUCUUCCUAUUCAAUUUUUUAUCACAUCAUGGAAGGAAAUAAUUUUGCGUUAGUUUUGUACCAUAUUGAAAGUGCUUUAAUCUGCAUCAGCUUUACACUAGAAGGAGCUUGAUCUCAAUCUCAUUCUUUGCUUCAUUUUAUGAUUGGUCUCCACCAUUCCUAUCUGGUUAGAAUCUAUAACUCAUUGAUGAAUUACAUUGGUUUCCUUUGUGAAUAAAAAAUAUUCAGAUUCACCCCCCUUCUUUACAGGGAUUGUUUUAGAUCAAAACCAAAGCUAUGGAACAAUUUAGACAGAUUGGAGAGGCACUUGGGAGUUUGAAAGCUAUGAUGGUAUUCCGGGAGAGCAUUCAAAUCAAUCAGAGGCAAUGUUGUUUGCUGCUGCAUGUGUUCACCUUUGCAUAUGAGUCUAUUGCAGAUGAGAUUACACAGAACCUGAAAUUUGAAGAGAAGAAUGCAAAGUGGAAGGCUCUUGAACAGCCCUUGAGAGAGAUCCAUAGGAUUUUCAGAGAAGGAGAAGCUUACAUUAGGCAUUGCUUGGAAACAAAGGACUGGUGGGCUAAAGCCAUUACCUUGUUUCACAACAAAGAUUGUGUUGAGUUUCAUAUACACAACUUGCUUUGUUGCAUGCCAAUUUUAAUCGAAGCUAUUGAAUCCGCGGGAGAAACCUCGGGGUGGGAUCAAGAUGACACGCAAAGGAAGAGGAUGAUCAACUCCAAUAAGUACAGGAAAGAAUAUAGAGACAUGAAGCUUUUCCAGUGGAAAUUUGGGAAGCAGUACCUCAUUACUCAGGACUUAUGCAACCGUUAUGAUACAGUUUGGAAGGAAGAUAGAUGGUUCCUUUCCAACAAAAUCCAGGAAAAGAAACUGGCAGGUACAACAAAGUAUGAGAAGAAAUUAAUAGAUCUUCUUUUGAGGAAUUUGGAAAGAUCAGAGUCACUGGAAGGGAAGCUCCUGCCAAGUUCAAUCUUGGUGGGGUCUAAGGACUACCAGGUGAGGAAAAGAAUGGGGAAUGGGAGUCAGUACAAGGAGAUUCAAUGGUUAGGAGAAAACUUUGUCAUAAGACAUUUUUAUGGAGACAUUGAAGCUUUUGAACCCGAGAUCAGAGAACAUUUAUCUCUUUCCCACCCACAUAUAAUGGACUACCUUUGUGGUUUCAGUGAUGAGGAGAAAAAAGAAUGCUUUUUGUUGAUGGAACUGAUGAGCAAAACCCUUUCCGCACACAUCAAAGAUAUUCAUGGCCCAAGGAAGCGAUUACCGUUCUUGCUUCAUGUGGCAGUUGAUCAUAUGCUUCAGAUUGCCAGAGGAAUGGAGUAUCUGCAUUCAAAGAAAGUAUAUCAUGGAGAACUAAACCCUUCAAACAUUCUUGUUACCCCUAGAGGUCAUUCCCAAGAAGGUUACUUGCAUGUCAAGGUAUCAGGGUUCGGUCUACCUUCUGUGAAGGACUUGAGCCAGAAAGGGAAUACAAAUCAGAAUGGAUCUCUACCAUUCAUCUGGUAUGCUCCUGAAGUCCUUGAAGAGCAAGAACAAUCAGGAGGUGUAACAAACACCAAGUACACGGAGAAAUCCGAUGUGUACAGUUUUGGAAUGGUUUGCUUUGAGCUUCUAACUGGCAAAGUCCCCUUUGAAGAUAGUCAUCUUCAAGGGGAGAAAAUGAGUAGAAACAUAAGGGCAGGAGAGAGACCACUUUUCCCGCUCAAUUCACCAAAAUAUGUUAUCAACUUGACAAAGAGAUGUUGGCAUACUGACCCAAGCCAGCGUCCGAGCUUCUCUUCCAUAUGUAGAGUUCUUCGUUAUAUAAAAAGAUUUCUUGCAAUGAAUCCUGGUUACAACGGUCAUCCAGACCCACCAAUGCCACCAGUAGAUUACUGUGAUAUAGAGUCAGUACUUUUGAGGAAAUUUCCUUCUUGGGGAAGUUCUGAAUCAUCACCAGUUUCAAUCAUUCCGUUUCAAAUCUUUGCCUACCAAGUUAUAGAGCGAGAAAAAAUAAGUACACACUCUAAGGAUAACUCUGAAUCGGGAAGUGAUGCUUCAGCCUGUGGUGAUGAACUUGUUACUUCAGGGGAUGAGCCAUUUCCAUCCACAACUGAGAGGAAAGUUUUGGUUGGACAUGAUGGUAUGAACAGGAAGAUUACUUUGAACAGGAAAUCUCUAGAUUUGAAGAUCACCAAACAACCAGGUACACCACGAGGGAGAUCAGCCAGACCUCCACAAAUGUCCCCUCGAGCACGAAGUCUGAGGGUUACUUCAGAUAACCACAUGAUAUCAAGUCCAAGGACAAUAAGAAGAGUCUCUUCUGGUCAUGUCUCAGACUCUGAGCUUUCUUAGAACACAGAACACCAUCAAAUUUUCAAGAUACAAUCUGGCUUUUAGUCUGACUUCAGACACUGAGUAGAUACCUUGAGUAAUUAUAAACUCAAGACUCUUCUCAUUUGCCAGGAAGGAUUCACAAAAUUAACUCUGAGUAGUUGAAGUUAAGGCAUUCUUGAAGUGAGUAGUUUGUGAAUAAGGAUAGGAACAGCAAAACGUACUGUGACUGACUCCUUGUAUUCAUGCCACAGCCAAAAGUCUCUUCAAUGCAUGAAAACUUUUAUCCACCAUUUCCUUAUCCUUAGUAACUGGGUGGAGAUAGAACCUGGAGAAUCAAAUACAACACUAUGGUACUUAAAAAAUAACAGAAGACUAAAAUGUAAAAUAGGAAAGGUUUUAGCAGUUCUACUAAAGAUCGCGUUCCUUACCAAUUUUCAAUGAGAUAUUCAUUUUCAGGUGACUAAUAAAAAUGUUCUGUGAAAGGAAAAGAUGUCAAAAGAGAAAAUGAAUUCUGAGUGACAUAGGGAUAGAGUUGGCAACCAAUAAGAAUAAACAUGCAACUUUUGCACAAUUUUAAAUGAAAUGUACAAUUAAUAUUUUAACCAUUAUAUCAACUACAAUUAGCUUUUUCAAGCAAAUUCAAAGCAUAGAGCAGAUCCUGUACAUUUUUUGAUAAAUUAAAAGUGAUUUGGAAGUUAAGGUAAUUAGUAUGUAUCUCUGCGCUCAAUCCAGAUCUGCUUUAAUAAUAUGUCCCUCACUUGCUUAACAGACUGCAGUCUCAGGAGCUUGGAUGUUUAGGAGCGAGACGUUAUGCUGUAAAACAACAAAUUUGACUUGGUUUCAAGGUCUGUCAGGUGCCUCCAGCUUGUAGCUUUGCACUGUGGAAGGUGUGCUAUAUACAGAAGUAAUGAUAUCUUAAAAAGAUUUGCAUGCUCCAGCUUCAUCAAUGCUUCAGUUCAAACGCCUACAUUUGUACAUGCUAUAUACAUUUCUUCUUCAGCUUAUUUUGGUUCAGAUUUUAAG